AUGACUGACCAAGAUGUCAAAUACUUGGAAGACUUGCAAGAGGAAUUUGACUUCAGGUACAAAACAAUACAAAGCUUAGAGCAGAGCGACAAAAACAGUGCUCUCAUUAAACAGGAAAUGUUGGCAUUGCAAGCGAUGCUCAAUACUUUAGACUACAAGAGAAAGGAAGUUCUCAGUAAAAUAGGGCGCGUGAUUCAUGAAAUCGAUAUGCUUAUGAGCAAUAUGCUGACUGAAGAGCUGCUGGACUGGAAGAGACGGCAGCAGAUUGCCUGCAUUGGAGGUCCUCUCCACGGUGGGCUUGAUCAGCUCCAGAACUGUUUUACUCUGCUGGCAGAGAGUCUCUUUCAAGUUAGAAGGCAACUAGAAAAACUAGACGAACUGUUGACCAGACUGACUUACGAUGGGGACCCUAUCCCAGUGCAAAGACCUCAGCUGCUGGAAAAAGUCAACUUUCUGCUCUACAAUCUUUUCCGGAAUUCGUUCGUGGUUGAAAGGCAGCCCUGCAUGCCAACACAUCCCCAGAGGCCAAUGGUUCUUAAAACGUUAAUACAGUUCACUGUUAAGUUAAGGUAA